AUGGAGUCGGUCAUCAUCUACACCAGAGAGAGAGGGAACGCCCCAGCAGACUUACCCUUCUGCAACCAAAUCCGCGACGUUGCUUUCCACGAUAUCGCCAUCUCUCCCACACGCCCGCUCGAGGUCGGCCUCCGCGUCCGGAUACAUGUCCUGCGCCCAAGGCAUGGCCGCGAAGUGCUUGCGGAGGACCCCGAUGACCCGCACACCACACCCCGAUACCGCGCCGAGUCAGCGGACAUCGCAGGACCCAUCGUCGGGAUACGAACACUGGAGCUGGCUGUAACGGAGUUCAUCGUUCAGAACGAGAUCUACCGGUCGACGGUGGAACACGCCUACCUGUCGGUGCCUCAUCUCCAUGGCCUAACCGUACGCCUUGGAAUGUGGCACUGGAUCGCAAGGACCGUCCUUCUUCCACUCCUACCGCACACGCGCCACGUCCGGCUCCAGGACAAUGCUGUGAUAACACACCGGGCGUACCGGAUCCCAGGCGAGGAUUACGGCCCUCUAGCGAGUGGGGAGGAGCUGGACGAGGAAGAUGAGUAG